AUGAUUAACGUCCGACAGUGCGCAAGAGAAACGCUGUAAGAAAACGGGCUUAAUGGUGAGCAGAUGAGAAUCGAAGAAGUCCGUCGCCAAGCAAGCCAAAGCCCGCUUUUGGGCUACUCAAGACGUUUGGUUGAAGAGGGUCGUAAAAGCAACGACAUCAUUCUAAGAAAAGCAAUGCAGUUUGAGCAUAGACGAGCAGAUUCUGCGAUGAGCUGA